UCUGCCCCCUCCCCCUCCCCCCCCCCCCCCGGUUUCGCAAGCACGUGCUGCAGUUGCCACACCUAGUAUCCUACGGCGUUUAUCGAACUAUGUAUUAAUUUUAUCUGCAAGGGUAUCAACUUCCUUCCUUCCUGACCCGCAGUAUAGGACAUGGCCGACCAGCUGUUCCAGGUGUACGCCGAGGCGCCCGAGAGCAACGCCGAGCGCGUGUGCCGCAUCUGCCUCCGCGGCGAAGCUCACACCGACGAUCCACUGCUGGAGCCCUGUGCCUGCAGAGGUCCCAGCGGCUUCGCGCACAAGGGCUGCCUCGAGCGAUGGCUCCGCGACCACGACACGGAUCAAUGCGACGUGUGUCACCGCCGCUUCGUGGUGCUCCUCAAGAUGGCGCCGCUGCUUGACUUCUUCACGGACCCCAGCCACAGGGUUGACGUGCUGCGCAUGGUGGUGGAUGCUGUGUCUGCCGCAGGUGACGCCCUGGUGCUCACCUUCGCCUGGAUGUACGCGAGCGGCUUCCUCGGGGCCACCGGGUGGUUCCUCUACGUCCUCGUCAUGUCUGUGCUGCUGUUCCAGACUGUGUUCUGGACCGUGGUCGAGGUCAUACGGAUGAUAACAUGCUACGAGCCGUUGCGCAAGUGGAGGAAGCGGACGGCCUCCGUUGAACUGCUGCUUCAGGGCCGUGACGAACCGGGCGGUGAUGUCCGCAUCCCGAACUGGCAAGCCACCGCUGCGGAGAAGAAGAAAGUGUCCGUGGUCAGCCAUUUCGGCAUACCUUUCCUUGCCUCGCCUAAUCGGCCGCUAACGGGAAGAGAGCCUGGAAGAGAAAGUGCACCGGAUCUCCGUUGGGGACGCGCAUCCGAUGCUUCCUUUGCGCAAGGAAGCAAGGGGCACACCCGCUGACCUGCACGCCCAGUGACACAACGCACCAGUCGAUCCGGCGGGCCUUCCUUGAACUCUAGCUUUUGCGCGACCUCCCGAUACACGCCUUUUGUCGUACUGUCGCCGUACUUUUCGUAAAGCGGUGUGCUGUAUUAACCAUGUUUCGCCCGCUAACGUUUCACGGUUUCCUUGUUUUGGAAUUUUUGUAACUUUGUGCCACACAUCUUACUUUAAAUUUUAAUGUGUACUUGCGAACAAGAUUGAAGGUAAAGUUAGCCUUACUUCGUUUUUUAAUAAAUAUACUCGUUGUCUUCCUAA